CGCACGUGACUAUCCAACCCAUAGCGUGCCUUACCAAAUUUCUUCUUUCUGUCCUCGUCAUCGAUGACCAUGACCCACACAGCUCUCACACUUGUAUGCAAAUGAUCGUAACUAGUGUGUGCCAGUAGAUUAUAACGACAUAGUGACCGGAGUUUGAGAGAGAGAGAGAGAGAUGGCUGCAGAUCUGUUCAAGAAACAGGGAGAGGAGUACUGGAAGGGUAGACCCAGUUACCCAGAAGAGCUGUUCCGGUUCAUUGCAUCCAACACACCUUCCCAUGACCUUGCUUGGGAUGUUGGCACCGGUAGCGGCCAGGCCGCCGCAUCUCUAGCUCAAAUCUACAAGAAUGUCAUAGCCACGGACACGAGCCAAGGCCAAUUGGAUUUUGCACCGAAGAUUCCCAACGUGCGAUUUCAAUGUACCCCACCCGACAUGUCCCUAUCCGAACUCAGUAAUAUGGUAUCAGAGCAGGGAAGCGUCGAUCUUGUGAUGGUGGCUCAAGCCCUGCAUUGGUUCGAUCUCCCAACGUUCUACAAACAAGUCAACUGGGUACUCAAAAGGCCCCACGGAGUCAUCGCCGCGUGGUGCUACACCGUCCCGGAAGUCAGCGAUCGCGUCAACUCGAUUUUCAAACGGAUCUACUAUGUCGAUUCGAGAGCGUAUUGGAGUUCGGGCCGGAACUUGAUUGUGGACCAGUACAGGAGCAUCGAUUUCCCGUUCGAGCCCGUGGACGGAGCCGAUCACACUGGCCCCUUCGAGUUCAAAACCGAGCGAGUGAUGGAUUUGGAAGAGUACCUCGCGUACACCAUAUCAGGGUCAGCGUACCAGACGGCGCGCGACAAGGGUGUGGAGCUCUUGAGUGAUGAUGUGAUUGAGGAAUUUAAGGAAGCUUGGAAUGAAGAUGGGAAUGACAAGAAGGUUGUUAAGUUUCCUACUUACCUAAGGAUGGGAAAAGUUGGGGAGUCUAAAUUGUAUGACUAAUUAUUCUCAUUUAGAUGAGUGUUGUUUUAACUUGAGUUCAUUUUGCUUGUCAUUGCGUUGGAUGUGGAGUUAUAUUGGAACAAGUUUACCAUGAAUAAACUUUAGAAUUUUAGUCGA